GGAAUGUCAAAACGUGCCUAUGUUUAUGUUGAUUUGAGAUUUUAGGUUGAGUGAUAGGUGCAAGGUGAAUGUGCGAAUUUUCUAAAAUAUUAAAUAUUCAGACCAUUAUAUGAUAUUUGCAUGAUUACCAUUUAUGUUAAGUCUAUUAGAAAUGGAGUACAUACGAAGCAAAUAAUUUAAUCAAAUGGACAUUCUUUUACUUUGAGUGCCAGAUUUUUGGUAAGAAUGUCUACCUUUCAUGUUGCUCAAGAAGGCCCAGUAAAUGCUUUGGCUUUAAAUAGGGAUUAUACUCAAGUGGCAAUCGGUGGACGAAAUGUAUUCAAAGUUUAUGCUAUAGAGGAGGACAAAUUUAGAGAAAUAUGCAAUGUAAGGGGCUCAAAACAUCUUAAUGUUGGAUUUUCAUGUAACGAUGUAUCUUGGAGUCCCACAGAUGAUCACUAUCUGGCAACUGCCGCAACAAAUGGACAUGUCUCUGUUUGGAAUCUCACAAAAAUGGGCAAAGCGAUGCAAGAGCAAGACUAUCAGGAUCACAAAAGGACAGUCAACAAAGUUAAUUUUCAUGCUUCUGAGCCCAACAAACUAAUAUCAGGAUCACAAGAUGGUACCAUGAGGUACUUUGAUAUUAGAGUAAAGAGUGCUGUAUCAAUUUUCUACAGCAACACUGAGAGUGUCAGGGAUGUGCAGUUUAGCCCACACAGUCCUUACACAUUUUCUGCAGUCUCAGAUAAUGGUAGUGUUCAAUUGUGGGAUAUAAGAAAACCAGAAAAAUGUCAGCAACAGUAUACAGCCCACAGUGGGCCUGUAUUUGCAUGUGACUGGCAUCCAGAAGUCACUUGGUUAGCUACAGCUAGUAGAGAUAGGACAAUAAAGGUGUGGGAUCUUACCAGCAAACCUACUUUGGAGUACACCAUACAUACCAUAGCAUCUAUUGGUCAUGUAAAAUGGAGACCUCAAAGAAAAUACCACAUUGCAAGUUGUGCCUUGGUGAUAGACUGUAGUAUAAAUGUCUGGGAUGUCCGUAGGCCUUACAUUCCAUUUGCAGCCUUCAAUGAACAUAGAGAAAGUGCCAGUGGAGUGCAGUUUAGAGGGGAUCCUGAUAUUUUUUUAAGUAGUGGAAGGGACUCCACUCUCUAUCAUCACAGUUUCAAUGAUGCAGCACGACCAGCAGCUAAAGCAAACCCUCAAGGCCUGGCGAUUAACAACAGCGGUGAGAUCAUAUUUGCACGGAAAUUGAAUCAGUUUCCAACUACAGCUGUUACCCCUGUUACUGGUUUGACUACUCCUACUUCAUUGGCCAAAGUUACAGUAGGAUUAAUGAGGAAAAUAUCGACAACACAGGCAAUAGACCAGUUCCAUCAUGCAGCCAGUAUGUUGCAGCACUUCUUCCAUGUCAAAGAAAUGGUGAACUAUGAAUCCCAAAAUAUUUUAGCUCUGGCUAAGAAUUAUGUACUGCAUGGUAGGAGUAUAUCAGAACUUUGUGAGCAUAAUUCAGCUGUAGCGAGAGAGUUUGGAAAACCGCAUAUAUCUGUGAUUUGGAAAAUUAUCAAGACCAUGUACGGAGAAGAAUUUAUGCAGAAUUCCAUAAAUUCCGGAAGUUCAAACCGAGAAGACGUUCCUCACAGUAAUAUGAAUAAUUUAUCUUCGACAGUUAUGCAGAUGGAUACCAGCAUCAAUACUAUCAAUACCAUUAGAGAUUUAGAGGCUGAACAAAAAUCUAAGGCCGCUAGCGAUACGCAGGCUGCUCAGUUUAGCGGCGGUGACGACGAGACCGAAAACGAAGACCAAGUCGACCACAUGGGCACUUACAACGGCUUCCCGACAUAUUUAAACAUCAGAAGCGGCCUCCCCAAAGGAGAUUUCUCUUUCGGCGAAAACGAAUUAGACAUGGAACUUGACAGUUUGACUUCAGGUGAUUGUUAUUUUUUAGAUUUUCAUUCCGGCUAUCGUGGCUAUAACCACGUAACCUCCGACGGUCCCGAGUGGAUUUUGCCCAACGAAGCGUUUACUAUCCGACACGAGAUUCAGGAUCGGUCUCCUCCUCCUGAACAGUUCCCGAACCAUCAUCAUUCGCCCGAUAUACAUGAAGAUACGCAUACGCAUUUUCAAUAUGAGGAAACAUCUCCAACGUUAAUCUCAGUAUCGAAAAUUCCUAAGAAAUCAUUAUGGGAUCCAAGCAGUCUUGUAGUGGAGGCACUGAGACAUCACGCCAUUUUAGGCGACAUUCAAACUGCUGCUUGCAUACUUAUAGUUUUAGGUGAUUGUAGAAAGUUUUUAAGGCAACUGGAUGAAGCAACUCAGGAACACUGGCUAAUGGGAUACAUAGAAAUCCUCAGUAGUUACAAAUUGUGGAACAUCGUUACUCAGGUGAUCAAAUUGUCUUGGUUACCAUCAGUCUAUCAGCUCAAUCAACAAAGCACACGCAUCAACACCAAUUGCGGCAAAUGUUCAAAAUCGUUACAAAGAGUCGGAUGGUUGUGUGACAGAUGCCAUUCUUCAGAAUACGCCCUCUGCAGUAUUUGUAAUCAAGUAGUCAAAGGAUUGUACGUUUGGUGCCAGGGUUGCUCACACGGUGGACACUUGGCUCAUAUGCGCCAGUGGACAUUGAGUAAUAAAGUGUGUCCUUCAGGUUGCGGUCAUCUAUGCGAAUAUGGAUGAAAGGUGUUUAGAGUAUCACAGAACAUCAAAUUGACAUAGGAAAGUAUGCUUUUGAAAUUAUGAUGAUUUCUAAAGAUAAUUUACAUAUUGAAUGAUAGACAUGUUCUUGAGAUUACAAAAUGAACUAUCCAGAUAAUGCAGAAAAUUUAGACCAAUAAAUGGCAAUGUACAUUUCAGUACUGAUAAUUGUACCUUGCUCUGAUAUGAUGGCAUAAUGAUGAUGACGCUCUGAUAAGCGUAAAGGACUAGGAGAAGAAUACGCGCUGUUGCAAGACUUGAAAUAUUCCAUUUUACUGAUUUAAGAAAAUAAUAUCACAUUCACAGCACAUAAUAAUGUUAAUAAUAAGAAAAUAAAGUAGUAAAAUAAACCAUAGGCAUUAUUAUUUGGUUCACAUAAAGUCAUGAGAACUUCCUCAAACAUAACCUCGAAAAAUUCAUGAAAA